AAUACCCAAAAUCGAGGAAUCGAAAAACGCCGACUUGCCUUGUUUCCGUUGCAUAGCGGCGCGAACGCAGCGGCAGCCGAGCGCUCUCUAGGUACGUGACAGGCAGGCUACUGGAAUCGCACCGCAAUCGCAAAGCCACCCCGCCUCGAUUCGCGGCUAUAGUGACACGUCACUCUAUAACAGAGUGACUGGGAAUUCGUCACGUCACUUCCGGAACAGUCUCAGUGGCGCAUACCCUCCCGCGUCUUCAUAAAGUGCUUCAACCCUCAUACACCCUAGUCGCGAGUUGAUAUUCUCCGCAUCGCGUUCCGCCAUGUCCUUGGUUCCCGACCGCGCUCGCCCCACUCCUUCUCGCGCCGCGAUCGCAUUCUCGUCCGGCGCGAUCGGCGGGCUGUGCGUCGGAUUAGCCGUGCCGCUGCUUGCGGCGGCGGGAUUCAUGGAACUCCUAGGAGUCGCAAUCCAUCCGCAACUGACGCCGCCAUUCGUGUACCAGAAAGUCGUCUGGGGUGGCCUCUGGGGGUUCAUCCUGCUCAUUCCCUUCAAUGCAAGCGCGCUCGCCAGAGGAACUCUCUUUGGGGCUUUGGGCCCUGGGCUGGCGCAGCUCCUCAUUGUGUUCCCGCUGAAAGAAACGCCGGGUUCAAUCGCCGGUCUCUCACUCGGCCCGCUCACCCCUCUCCUCGUUCUCUUCCUCAACGCGUUCGUCUGGGGCGUGCCCUCCGCCCUUGCCUACUCCCUGCUCCGACCACCAUCCCCACAGUCCUUCGUUGGUAUCAGAGCUCUAGGAGAGAGUGACCGAGACCUUGAGCUACAGGGGAGAAGUGCUCGUGAUGCCAAAACGGGUCUCGCUAAAUGAAACUCCAUACAAUGCUCCGUAACAAGCACUUAAUGUUUUGCAACUAGGUAGUCACACAAGUUCCGUACACAUCCUUCCUCUGCAUGCAUCAGAUAGAUUGCAUGUACCCAUUCGGUGAUCCAAACCAGCCACAUCCCACAAGGGUUAGAUGCAUAUCAAACUAACUGAGGAGGAUGUACCCGUUCUCGAAAUUCUCUCCAGUUACUGUUAGGACGUGGUACAUCGGCUGUUCGAACGGCCCAAUCCGAACGGUCACCACACUUCACCGAACCGUUACUUAUUCAAACCAGCAGUACCGUGUGUCAACUUAUGCAUUUGGAGUACAUGUAUA